AUGGCUCUCUCCCUGAAGGCUAGCCUAUCGACGGCGAUCGUCGGCGGACUGUUGUGCGCACGAGCGGCGGCGGUUCCGACGACAGUCAAGCGUCAAGCGGCGAUCACUGCACUCUCCACCGCGCAGAUCGCUGCCUUCAGUCCGUAUACGCACUAUGCCGGCACGGCGUCCUGCUCGCCAGAGUCGACCCUCGCGUGGGACUGCGGGGCGACCUGCGAGGCGAAUCCGUCUUUUGAGCCGGUUGCUUCUGGAGGCGAUGGCGCCAUUACCCAGUUCUGGUUUGUGGGUUUUGAUCCCACACUAGAAGAGGUGAUCGUCGGACACCAAGGCACCGACGUCAGCAAAAUUCUACCAAUCCUGGAAGAUCUGGACAUCGUUUUGGAGAAGUUGGAUCCAACCCUCUUUCCUGGCGCCAGCGAGAGCAUCGAGGUACACAGCGGCUUUGCGGGCUCUCAGGAUAGGUGGCUGUCUCCCAAGUUCCUGUGCAGACUCGGCGCGGCGAUCGGCCUCCUCGACUCCGUUUUCCUUCCUCUCCACCUCCCAAGCACCGUCGCAACCCGUUUCGUCGGAUACGGCCUGCCACGCGUCGGCAACGAGGCCUUCGCCAACUACGUCGAUGCCCAGUAUCAGAAGGUCUCCGUAACACAUAUGAACAACAGGGAGGAUAUCAUCCCGAUCCUUCCGGGCGCGCACUCGGAUACCACCACCCGUCCGGCGAGAUUCACAUCCAAGACUCUGGCGAGUGGCUGGCAUGCCCCGGACAACACGGAUGACAGGUGCAUAGUAGGGGACGUGCCGAAUAUCUUCCUAGGCAACCUUACGGACCAUGGCGGACCCUAUGGUGGGAUCGAGAUGGGUUGCUGA